ACGCACACUGCAGCUCUCAGAUGUGAAUGCAUUUAAAUGAUACUGUAGAAAUGCGAUGACAUCUGCAGGUUCGUCCGACACACAGUUUUACAUUUGCUGUCCGUUCAAUGCCUGGUGCUUCUGUCUGCCUGAAUCAAACACAGUGCAGCUGUUAUGUGAUAUUAUUAUGUGUUCAUGACAAAUACUAGCCACGACGAGGAGCGUUAACAAACCCGUGUGUAAUUAACUUAAAUUAACUUUAAAAGUAUCUAAUUUAUAUGGCCUUUUUAUUUGCUUAGCAAGACGAAUGUGUGUUUGUGUGAAUUGUUUAGAGGAAGACGUUUUCUGAAACAAUGCUGGAGUUUAUCAAUAUACGUAAACAACUGUGCUUGAGAGAGAGAGAGAGAGAGAGAGAGAGAGAGAGAGAGAGAGAGAGAGAGAGAAUUUGUCAGAUUUCUGCUCAGUGGCAGUUUUGUUUAGUGCUUGAACUUGGUGAAUGUGAAAAUACGGUUCAUAUUUGUUGUCAAUAAACACUCAGUUCAGACUGCUGCUCUUUGCUUGUUUUAAUUAUGACAACCAUAACAUUUUAUUCAAGCAGAGCCGGUGUAUUUAUACUGUUAUUGUAUAAAAUGUUAUAAAUCUAGCAAGUGAAGCUCGCAAAUAAAUGUGAAUUAAACAUCAGUUGUCAUGCACUUGUUUUAUUCCCACAAGAAAGAAAUAUCGCAGAUGAGAUCUCUGAGCAAUACAAUUUGGGGUUGUUAAGUUAUUUUUUUUAUUUUCUAUUUGUUUAUUUUCUGUUUUAUUUCUAUUUGCUAAAUCAACGUCAUGCAGCACAUACAUAUUACAUUUAGUCAUUUAGCUGACGCUUUUAUCCAAAGCGACUUACAAAUGAGGUAAACAAUCGAUACACUGUAUAUACUUGAUAUUCUUUGAUCAAUCAAGUCAUCAUUGGUUUCAGCAUGUUGGUAUUUUCAUAGAUUGCCUGACAAUUUAAACUAUUAUUAAAAUGUUAAAGUUGCUUGUGUAGUUUGAGUUUUGCAGCCAAAACAUUGAUCAUACUAAUAUUAUCAAUAAAAUCUACAACAAUUAUUACUGAAUAUUAAAUGAUAAACAGUAAUAGUCAAUGUAAUUCUUGUAUGAUUUAAUGUGUCAGAGAAGCGGAGCAGUUGAGAUGCUUCAGUAUCGGAGUCUCUGACUUCCUGUGAUGUCAUCCUCAGCGGGGGCGGAGUUUGUGUGUGUUUAUUUGUUUAAUCAGUUUGACCCAGCUGUGUCAGAUGUUCCAGUCAUAUCGCUUCCCAUCUUCAGAUACUGACACACUGACAGACUCUUGACACUCUGUGUGUGUGUGUGUUUGUGCUGUUAUGAGGUGUAAUCUGCUUGUGUUGAAGGUUCUUCUCUCUGUGUUGAGCACUGAGAUGAUGAUGACGAUGGUUCAGGGUGUUUGUUCUCGCAUGUGUUCCUGUAGGGGUGCUGUGGUAAACUGCGGUAAACGUGGCUUGACCGCGGCCACCCUGCCCUCCUCUUUCCCUCCUCACACAUCUGAACUCUACCUGAAUGACAACCACCUCACCUCACUGCCCAACAACCUGCUGGACUCACUGUCCUCUCUGCGUCUGGCUCAUCUCCACGGUAACCCCUGGUCAUGUGACUGUGGCAUCCUCUAUCUGAGGGGAUGGCUGCUGAAACAGAGGAAUGAUGCUUUGAUACGGAACGUCACGUGUAGCUCUCCAGCGCACCUGCGAGGGCGUCUGGUGGUCUAUCUGGUGGAGGAGGAGGUUCUGGAGUCCUGUCGUUAUUGGAUGUGUGAUUUAGCCCUGGCUUCUCAGAUCAGCCUCUUCAUCUUCAUCGUUGUUCAAGCCCUCCUGCUGGCGUCUGUCAUCCUCUUCCUGCGGCGUUUUGAGCGGCUCACCCGAGAGGCCCAGCGUACGGCUGCAGAGACCUUCACGGCUGAAGAUGAUGCUCAGAGUAAUGAAUAUGUCAUGUUGAAAGACAGGAGCAUGUAGGAUGAGCGUCAGAGAUGAUCACAUACGUCAGGAAACCGUUGUGUAAUCAUUUUGCACAGUUCAUUUGAAAUGAGCAUUUGAAGAACUAUACUUUAAAAUGAGCAUUUGAAGAACUAUACUUUAAAAUAUACUUUUCUAGUCAACAAAAAGAUGCUUAAUGCAGCAAAAUACGAGCAAAAGUGGGUUUUAUAAAUGUGGUGCAAAUUUGUAUUAUUUGAUUGAAUGAGGAAGAUUUUUUUAACUUCUACCCAAAUGAAAAAAAACUGUAGUAUACUAUAGUAUUUACUGCAGUAAAAUAAUGAAAUAGUGUUUUUGAACCUUAGAUAUUCAAGUACAGUAUUUUAUCAAUUUACUACUACACAAUACUAUAUUGCUUAUACGAUACUACAGUUUACUAUAGUUUUAUAUCAGUUUUGGUCCAUGUUCAGCUAGCAAAUAUUUCUUCUAUGUAUUAUUUUACAUCAUCCAACCCAUAAAUUAAUUUAAACAAAUGUUAUAUUAUAUUAAAUUACAUAUGUAUUGUAUUGUAUAUUGUAGUAUGUUAAAACAAGGUCUGAUAAUAUUACAAUAACAAUAAGAUAAUAAUAACAUAAUCGAUUGAUGUUCCUACAGUUGUUUGUGUAAUAUGUUAAAUAAA